AUGUCAGAAGUCACGUCAAAGGUCAUGUCAGAAGUUAAGUCAAAGAUCAAGUCAGAAGUAAUAUCAGAGGUCAUAUCAGAAGUCAGGUCAAAGGUAAAUUACAUGUUAGAUGAAACCUUCGACCCGACCCGCGUGUACCUGUUCUGGCAGGCGUUGGAGCAAGAAUUCGGCCCGAUCUUCCGGAAAGACAUGCCCGGCCACCCGAAUAUGGUCUUUAUUAGCAACCCGGAGGACGUGUGUGCCAUACAGGGCGAGGAGUGGUGGCGUGUCCGGCGUCGUGUGCAGAAGCCGAUCACCGACCCGGCGCUCGUCAGCCGCUACCUGCCGGACAUGGACGACGUCGCGAGGGCCUUCGUCAGGAGAAUCAAGAGUCUGCGAGAUAAAGACAACGAGGUACCAGCGACCUUCGUAAAUGAGAUCUAUAAAUGGGCAAUGGAGUCUUUAGCAACGGUGGUCCUCGAACGUCGCUUACACUGCUUCGAGGACGACCUUCGAGGAACACCUGAGUCGUCUCAUCUCAUCCCCUUGGCCAAGCAGUUCCUCGACUCCUUGUACGAGACAGAGAACGUUAAGCUGUGGCAGUAUUUCCCGACAACUUCUAUUACGAGGCUGAAGGAGGCUCACGGUGUGUUUAGCGAAGUAGCCCUUCGAGCCAUAGAGGACACCGAGCGAGCGCCAGCAUCCCGCAGGAGAGCGAGAGAGGAACCGAGGAGGCUGAGUCUGCUGGAGACCCUGCUAGCGACGCCUGGCUUAACCCGGGGAGAUGUGCUUACCUUCCUGGUCGACUUGCUGGCGACGGGAAUCGAUACUACGUCCCACUCCGUUUCUCACAUGCUUUACCUGCUGGCCAAAAAUCCCGAGGUUCAGGGGCGUGUCAUUCGCGAAGUCGAUGCCGAAGUUGGCAAACCCGAACACCUCUCGCCCGAACACAUAGCAAGGCUUAGCUAUGCUCGGGCUGUUUUUAGAGAGACGCUGAGAAUUAUGCCUGUUGGUAUUGGUAUCACCAGAAGACUGAACCGUGACACUGUACUGGGGGGUUACCUGGUACCUAAAGGGUGGCAGGUCGUCGCUCCCUCGAUGCUCAUCAACCACAAGGACUCGAUUUUCCCGAGGGCGAGUGAAUUCCUGCCGGAGAGGUUCGUCAGGGGUUCGCCUCUCGCCCCCAAGCACAGCCACGCCUUCCUGCCUUUCUCCGUCGGAACCCGAAUGUGCAUUGGGAGGCGCAUCGCUCAGCAGGAGAUCAUGUGCUUGCUUGUCAGGGUUCUGGGCGAAUUCACCGUGGAUUACAAACACGAAGAUAUCCACCUGGUCAAUAAACUUAAUUACAGGCCGUCACACCCACUGAGGUUUACGUUUAAAGACAGAGUUUAAAGUGGAGUGUGUGUGUUCGUUCGUUCGUUUUAAUAAAUC